CCAGGGGCGCGCGGCUCGUGACGUCACCCGGUCGCGCCGCCUAGCUGACGUCACCACGCCCUGCGCACGCUCUGGCUCUCGCGCCACCGGGCUGGGGCUGGGACCAUGGUGCUGCGGCGGCUUCUGUUGGCUCUUAUCAACUCGCAACAGCUCGUGGAACGCCUGGCCGAGUCGAGGCCCAUCCGCCGGGCGGCGCAGCUCACGGCCUUUGCCGUGCUGCGAGCACGGCUCGGGAUCCGGGACGCGACGCGGGACCUGCGGGGACCCGUGGGACGUGCCGCGCGCUUCGGGGCCACCUUCUUGCGAGAGCUCCGCCGCGGCCUCCAGGACCGGCCCUCCGGGGGCAAGGACGGUCCGGGUCGGGGACUGAGAGACUGAGGCCUGCGGGAAGGGGCGCCCCCUCCUCCGGGAUCAUCGGCCCCACCUGAAGCCAGGGGAACGCUCCUCCCCCGGGGUCAUCCUCCAUUGCCCCCUCCCCCUCGGGGCUUGGGCCUGGGCUUCUCCCGGACGCCCGUGACCUUCAGCCCGGCCGCCUGGCCUGGAGGGAGGGACCCGGACAGACGCCAGGCUAGCGUCUCCCCCUUUCGCCCUUGAGAAGACUUUGUUUCUUCAGCUGGACUAAGUGCCCUCGGGGGACCGGGACCUGCGGGUGGUUUGGGGCAGUUUAUUGAAGACCUUCCGGAACUGGAGAGCUCCUGCCUACCUGUCUGUCUCUCUGUCUGUCUGUCUGUCUGUCUGGGAAUCUGCAGCCAUGGUGCGUGUUCUAGGAACAAGAGCCUCCUUUCUUCGGGCCACCUGAUCUCGGGGGCUGAAGCUUCGGCUGCCAGCUGGAUGGUCUCAAACGGGCAUCGCCAGAAUUUCCUGAGUCUUGGCCCCGGGUUCAGGUUGCCAGUGAGUGACCUUGUUCUGGAAACAGGACGUUCUGCAUUAUGAUCCAAUAAAGGAGGCAGCAGAGCUCUCAUUCUUGCUCCCAGAGUUCCUAGCCAGAAGGGGCAGCCCCCGAGUGUGGCUAGACUCUACCUCCUUUUCUGUAAAAGAAGGAAGCAGCCCUUGCACCCUGUGCCUCCCAACGUCGGAUCCUUCCGAACCAGCCAGACACUCGGGCCCCCCCCCCCCAAAUAAAGGAUGCCCCUGGGCUCAGGAAGGCCGGAGCUGGUGUUGGAAGGAGCUCAGGGCUGCCCUGGGGUGAAUGUGGGCUGCACGUGGAAAUAAAUCCCGGUGAAUUUCCCCUUC